UUACUUGUCAAAAAAACCGGACUGUUAAAAAAAGUUACUUAGUUUGUGGUAAUGUCAAACGGAUGCGGACUUUACCGUAACUUAUCUUUAUAUUAUAUUCUUUAAUUUUCUAAUAUUUACUUGUAUAGCAAUUGUCCCUGGUAGUGGUGUGGUGUUUCUGGUGAAGAGGUUCAGUUGGAUAAGAAAUUAAGAGUUUCUGCAACAGACAAGGAAGAACAAUGCCAUCAUUUUCGCUUGGGAUAUUGCUGCUUGCCCUUCUCUUUCUACUGCUAAUUUCACAUAAAUCAGGUGCACAGUUUGAGCACUGGUGCAUAGCUGAUGAACAGACAACGGAUGAUGAGCUGCAGAAGGCCCUUGAUUGGGCUUGUGGGAAAGGCGGUGCUGAUUGCAGCAAGAUACAGGUGAACCAGCCAUGCUAUCUCCCAAACACUGUGAAGGACCACGCCUCCUACGCAUUCAACAACUACUAUCAGAAGUUCAAGAACAAAGGGGGAUCCUGUUACUUCAAUGGUGCUGCUAUGAUCACAGAGCUUGACCCAAGUCAUGGCUCAUGCCGGUUUGAGUAUCUUCCCUGAUCCAGAGUUAGAAGGACCUUCAGCAGUGAACCGAGCUUCAAAUAAUAAUCUCCUUCAUUUAUAAAUUUGCAUAUUCACUCCCCAUUUACUCUGCUACACCAGUCUUUUCUUUUUGUUUUUCUCAAUUUUAACAUUGUUACAAAUUGGGGUUUUCCGGGUGCGAACAAAUUUGCAUAUAAUUUUUCCUUUUUUCUUCCUGUGGGGAAGAACCUCAUAAAAGAAGAUUGAAAUAGUUUUAAUUCAAAACAGAAAUAUGUGUACAAACUGCUAAAA